AUGGUGGCCCUGUCGCUGAAGAUCUGCGUCCGCCAGUGUAACGUGGUGAAGACGAUGCAGUUCGAACCCUCAACACCGGUGUACGACGCCUGCAGGAUCAUACGAGAGAGAGUCCCCGAAGCGCAGUCCGGACAAGCCUCAGAUUACGGGCUAUUCCUGUCUGACGAUGAUCCCAGAAAAGGAAUCUGGCUGGAGUCUGGAAGAACCUUGGAUUAUUACAUGCUCCGGAAUGGGGAUAUUUUGGAGUACAAGAAGAAGCAGCGGCCUCAGAAGAUCAAAAUGCUGGACGGAGCGGUCAAGACCAUCAUGGUGGACGACUCGAAGACAGUGGGAGAACUGCUGGUCACGAUCUGCAGUAGAAUAGGAAUCACCAACUACGAGGAGUACUCUCUGAUUCAGGAGACAGUCGAGGACAAAAAAGAGGAGACCACAGGGACCCUGAAGAAGGACCGGACUCUGCUGCUGCGGGACGAGCGCAAGAUGGAGAAACUCAAAGCCAAACUGCACACGGACGACGACUUGAACUGGUUGGACCACAGCCGCACGUUUCGGGAGCAGGGAGUGGAGGAGAGUGAGAUGCUGCUGCUCAGGAGAAAGUUCUUCUACUCCGACCAGAACGUGGACUCCAGAGACCCAGUGCAGCUCAACCUGCUCUAUGUUCAGGCUCGUGACGACAUACUGAACGGCUCUCACCCCGUCUCCUUUGAUAAGGCCUGUGAGUUCGCAGGGAUCCAGGCUCAGGUGCAGUUUGGACCUCACAUGGAGCACAAACACAAACCCGGCUUCCUCGACCUCAAGGAGUUCCUCCCAAAGGAAUACAUCAAACAGCGAGGGGCAGAGAAGAAAAUAUUUCAGGACCAUAAAUCCUGUGGAGAGAUGACAGAGAUUGAAGCCAAAGUGAAGUAUGUGAAGUUGGCCCGGUCCCUUCCCACGUACGGAGUCUCCUUCUUCCUGGUCAAAGAGAAGAUGAAGGGUAAAAACAAGCUGGUGCCGAGGCUUCUGGGCAUCACCAAAGAGUCUGUGCUCAGAGUGGACGAGAAGAGCAAAGAGGUGGUGCAGGACUGGCCCCUCACCACCGUCAAGAGAUGGGCAGCUUCUCCCAAAAGCUUCACUCUGGAUUUUGGAGAAUACCAGGAGAGCUACUACUCCGUCCAGACCACAGAGGGGGAGCAGAUCUCUCAGCUCAUCGCCGGAUACAUCGACAUCAUCCUGAAAAAGAAGCAGAGUAAGGAUCGCUUCGGUCUGGAUGGAGAUGAGGAGGCCACCAUGCUCGAAGAGUCUGUGUCUCCCAAAAAGUCGACCAUCUUGCAGCAGCAGUUUAAUCGUGUGGGUCGGGUGGAGCACGGCUCGGUGGCGCUCCCUGGCAUCAUCAGUUCAGGCUCCAUUGGAGGGUCUGACACUUACAGCAUGGGCUCUAUGCCCUCUGCCCAGCAGCAGCUCAGCUCGGGUCAGCUGCACCGCGGGCACAUGCCCCCUCUGAGCCAGGCGCAGCAGGCCCUCAUGGGGACCAUCAGCAGCAGUCUGAGGACGGUGCAGCAGGCUCAGGGGACCUCGGACAUGGACCCUCUGCCUCCGCUCGGACAUGACCUGGCCUCCAGAGUUUGGGUCCAGAACAAAGUGGAUGAGUCCAAACAUGAGAUCCACUCGCAGGUGGACGCCAUCACAGCCGGGACAGCGUCUGUGGUCAACCUCACCGCAGGUGAGCCCUCGGACACGGACUACACGGCGGUGGGCUGUGCCAUCACCACCAUCUCGUCGAACCUGAGCGAGAUGUCCAGAGGCGUGCGUCUGCUGGCCGCUCUGCUGGACGAACCCGUGGGCACCGGGCACAAACUGAUGGCGGCGGCGAGGAUGCUGUCCGCCGCCGUGUCCGACCUGCUGCGCUCUGUGGAGCCCGCUGCUGCUCAGCCCAGACAGAACGUUCUGACCGCAGCUGGGAGCAUCGGUCAGGCCAGCGGGGACCUGCUCCGACACAUGGGAGAGGGAGAGACAGACGACAAGUUCCAGGACACGCUGAUGAAUCUGGCCAAAGCGGUGGCGAAUGCGGCGGCCAUGUUGGUGCUGAAAGCGAAGAACGUGGCACAGGUGGCAGAGGACACGGUGCUGCAGAACCGGGUCAUCACGGCUGCCACCCAGUGUGCCCUGUCCACGUCCCAGCUGGUGGCCUGCACUAAGGUGGUGAGCCCCACCAUCAGCUCGCCCGUGUGCCAGGAGCAGCUGGUGGAGGCGGGGAAGCUGGUGGAGCGCUCAGUGGAGACCUGCGUUAAAUGGUGCCGUUCUGCCAGUGACGACGCGGAGCUGCUCAAACAGGUGGGCGGGGCGGCGGCGGUGGUGAGUCAGGCGCUCAGUGACCUCCUCCACCACGUACGGCACUACGCCAGCUGCGGAGAGCCAAUCGGGCGCUACGACCAGGCCACGGACACCAUCAUGAACGUGACGGAGAAUAUCUUCACUUCCAUGGGCGAUGCUGGUGAGAUGGUGCGUCAGGCCCGGGUUCUGGCUCAGGCCACCUCAGACCUGGUGAACGCCAUGAGGUCCGACGCCGAGGCCGAGGUCGAUGUCGACAACUCCAAGAAACUCCUGGCAGCGGCCAAACUGCUGGCAGACGCUACGGCCAGGAUGGUCGAGGCCGCCAAGGGAGCAGCUGCGUAUCCAGAGAACGAGGAGCAGCAGCAGAGGCUCCGGGAGGCAGCAGAGGGUCUGCGCGUGGCCACCAACGCCGCAGCUCAGAACGCCAUCAAGAAGAAACUGGUCAACAGGCUGGAGGUUGCGGCGAAGCAGGCGGCUGCUGUCGCCACUCAGACCAUCGCCGCAGCUCAGAACGCCGCUGUGUCCAACAAGAACACCGCCCUGCACCAGCAGCUCGUGCACAGCUGUAAGGCAGUGGCAGACGGGAUCCCUCAGUUGGUCCAGGGGAUGAGGAGCAGUCAUUCUCAGCCUGAGGAGCUCGGGGCUCAGCUCGCGCUCAUCAUGGCGAGUCAGACCUUCCUCCAGCCCGCGAGCAGGAUGGUGGCCUCGGCGAAGUCAGCUGUUCCGACCGUCGCUGACCAAGCGGCCGCCAUGCAGCUGGGACAGUGUGCCAAGAACCUGGCCACGUCCCUGGCAGAGCUGAGGACCGCCACACAGAAGGCCUAUGAAGCCUGUGGUCCUCUGGAAAUCGACUCCGCGCUCAAAACUGUGCAGACGCUGAAGAGUGAGCUCCAGGACGCCAAGAUGUCUGUGAUCGAAGCCCAGCUGAAGCCUCUACCAGGGGAAACGCUGGAGAAAUGUGCUCAGGACUUGGGCAGCACCUCUAAAACCGUGGGCUCGUCUAUGGCUCAGCUCCUGACGUGUGCUGCUCAGGGCAACGAACACUACACAGGAGUCGCUGCCAGAGAAACUGCCCAGGCCCUGAGGAUCUUGGCACAGGCGGCUCGGGGGGUGGCAGCCAGCAGCCCGGAGCCACAGGCAGCGGCGGCUAUGUUGGAUUCUGCCCAGUGUGUGAUGGAGGGCUCGGCCAUGCUCAUCCACGAGGCCCAUCAGGCUCUAGUGCACCCGGGAGACGCCGAGAGCCAACAGAGACUGGCUCAGGUGGCCAAAGCAGUGUCCCACUCACUGAACAACUGUGUGAACUGCCUGCCCGGACAGAAGGACGUGGACAUGGCCCUCAGGAGCAUCGGAGAGGCCAGUAAGAAACUGCUCGUGGAGAUGCUCCCUCCCUGCAGUAAGACCUUCCAGGUGGCUCAGAGCGACCUCAACAGCUCUGCGGCUGAACUGAACCACUCUGCUGGGGAGGUGGUUCACUCGUCCAGAGGGACCAGCAGCCAGCUCGCCGCCGCCUCGGGCAAUUUCAGUAAAGACUUUGAUGAGUUCCUGGACGCUGGAAUCGAAAUGGCAGGACACACCCAGAGCAAAGAUGAUCAGAUCCAAGUCAUUGGGAAUCUGAAGAACAUCUCCAUGGCUUCCAGUAAACUGCUGCUGGCUGCCAAGUCUCUGUCUGUGGAUCCAGGAGCCGCCAACGCUAAGAACCUCCUCGCAGUGGCAGCAAGGGCGGUGACUGAGAGCAUAAAUCAGCUGAUCACACUGUGUACCCAGCAGGCCGCGGGGCAGAAGGAGUGUGACAACGCCCUCCGCGAGCUCGAGGCUGUGCGGGGGCUGCUGGAGACCCCUAAUGAGCCCGUCAGUGAACUCUCCUACUUCGACUGCAUCGAAAGCGUCAUGGAGAACUCAAAGGUGUUAGGGGAGUCCAUGGCUGGCAUUUCUCAGCACUGUAAAACCGGAGACGUGGCGGCUUUUGGCGAGAGUGUGGGCGUGGCCUCCAAAGCUCUGUGUGGGCUCACUGAAGCUGCGGGACAGGCCUCGUAUCUGGUCGGAGUGUCGGAUCCGAACAGCCAGUCUGGUCACGAGGGGCUGGUGGACCCGAUUCAGUUUGCCCGGGCGCACCAGGCGAUUCAGACCGCCUGCCAGAACCUAGUGGACCCCGCCAGCAGUCCUUCACAGGUUUUAUCAGCGGCCACUAUUGUAGCCAAACACACGUCUGCUCUCUGUAACGCCUGCCGUCUGGCCUCCUCUAAAACCUCCAACCCUGUGGCCAGGAGACAGUUUGUCCAAUCAGCAAAGGAGGUGGCCAACACCACCGCCAACCUCGUCAAAACCAUCAAGACUUUAGACGGAGAUUUCUCGGAUGAAAACAGAAACCGCUGCCGGACGGCCACAGCUCCUCUGCUCCAGGCCGUGGAAAACCUUUCCACUUUCGCAAACAACCCAGAUUUUGCCAGCAUCCCGGCGCAGAUCAGCAACGAGGGCUCUGCAGCUCAGGAGCCCAUCAUCAGGUCGGCGCGCUGUAUGUUGGACAGCUCUACGUUCCUUUUAGAGACUGCCCGGGCUCUCGUUCUGAACCCCAAAGACCCACCCACCUGGUCCAUCCUCGCCGGACACUCGCGCACCGUGUCGGACUCCAUCAAGAGCCUCAUCACUGCCAUUAGGGACAAGGCUCCAGGGCAGAGGGAGUGUGAUUAUUCUAUCGACAGCAUCAAUAAGUGCAUCAGAGACAUAGAGCAGGCUUCACUCGCUGCUGUUGGACAGAGUUUACCCUGCAGAGAAGACAUCUCCAUGGAGGCUCUCCAGGAGCAGCUGACCUCUUCAGUCCAGGAGAUCGGACAUCUGAUCGACCCAGUGGCCACAGCGGCGCGAGGAGAGGCGGCCCAGCUCGGACACAAGGUGACCCAGCUGGCCAGUUACUUCGAGCCGCUCAUCGUUGCGUCCGUGGGUCUGGCCUCCAAACUGCAGGACCACCAGCAGCAGAUGACCAUCCUGGACCAGACCAAGACUUUAUCAGAGUCCGCUCUUCAGAUGCUCUACGCAGCCAAAGAAGGAGGAGGAAACCCAAAGGCCUGUCACACACAUGAUGCCAUCUCAGAGGCGGCUCAGCUCAUGAAGGAGGCUGUGGACGACAUCAUGGUGACGCUGAAUGAAGCGGCCAGUGAGGGGGGCAUGGUCGGGGGCAUGGUGGAGGCCAUCGCAGAGUCUAUGGGCAGACUGGAUGAAGGAACCCCACCUGAAGCAGAAGGUUCUUUCGUGGACUAUCAGACCACCAUGGUGAAGUUCUCCAAAGCCAUCGCCAUCACAGCUCAGGAAAUGAUGACUAAGUCGGUGACGUGUCCAGAGGAGCUGGGGGGCCUGGCCUCUCAGGUGACUGUGGAUUAUGGACAGUUAGCUCUGCAGAGCCGCCUCGCUGCAGCCACCGCAGAGAUCGAGGAGGUGGGGCUGCAGAUCCGGAGUCGUGUCCAGGAGCUUGGUCACGGCUGUAUUUACCUGGUGCAGAAGGCCGGAGCGCUGCAGCUGAGCCCCACGGACACCUUCUCCAAACGGGAGCUGAUCGAGUGUGCGCGAGCCGUCACAGAGAAGGUGUCUCUGGUCCUGUCGGCCCUGCAGGCGGGGAACAGGGGCACUCAGGCCUGUAUCACCGCAGCCAGCGCCGUCUCCGCCAUCAUCGCAGACCUGGACACCACCAUCAUGUUCGCCUCGGCCGGGACCCUCCACCCAGACAACGAGGAGACCUUCGCUGAUCACAGAGAGAGCAUCCUGAAGACGGCCAAAGCUCUGGUGGAGGACACUAAACUCCUGGUGGCUGGAGCUGCUUCCACUCAGGACAAACUGGCCCAGGCCGCUCAGUCCUCUGCGAAGACCAUCACACAGCUCACAGAGGUGGUGAAGCUGGGGGCCACCAGCAUGGGCUCCGAGGGGCCAGAGACACAGGUGGUUCUGAUUAACGCCGUGCGGGACGUGGCGAAGGCUCUGGCUGAACUCAUCAGCGCCACCAAGUGUGCGGCGGGAAAAGCUGCAGACGACCCGUCCAUGUAUCAGCUGAAGAGUGCAGCCAAGGUGAUGGUGACCAACGUGACGUCUCUGCUGAAGACGGUGAAGGCUGUGGAGGAUGAAGCCACUCGAGGGACCAGAGCUCUGGAAGCCACCAUAGAAUACAUCAGACAAGAGCUGACGGUGUUCCAGUCCAAGGACAUGCCAGACCAGUCCGCCUCGCCUGACGACUUCAUCCGUACGAUAAAGGGCAUCACAGGAGCCACAGCCAAGGCCGUCGCCGCGGGCAACUCAACCCAACAGCACGACGUCAUCGCCACUGCCAACCUGAGCCGCAAAGCCAUCUCCGACAUGCUCACGACCUGCAAGAGAGCAGCUCACCACCCUGAAGUGACGGAGGACGUGAGAGCCAAGGCCCUGCAGUACGGCUCCGACUGCACCAGCGGGUACAUCACUCUCCUGGAACAAGUCCUGCAGGUGCUGCAGAGGCCCAGUCCGGAGCAGAAGCAGCAGCUGUUGGUGAACUCAGAGCAGAUCGCGGGCUGUGUGACUGAGCUGCUCCAGGCCGCGGAGAACAUGAGGGGUUCAGAGUGCGUGGACACAGAGGAGACCACAGUGAUCGCAGAGACGGAGCUUUUAGGAGCGGCCGCAUCGAUAGAAGCCGCCGCCAAGAAACUGGAGCAGCUCAAACCGAGAGAAAAACCCAAGCAGGCCGACGAGACUCUGAACUUUGAAGAACAGAUCUUAGAAGCUGCAAAGUCCAUCGCAGCGGCCACCAGCGCUUUAGUGAAGUCUGCGUCUGCUGCUCAGAGGGAGCUCGUGAUGCAAGGACAGGUGGGAUGCAACCAAGCCAACGCAGCAGAAGAUGGACAGUGGUCACAGGGACUCAUAUCAGCCGCGCGAAUGGUUGCAGCUGCUACCAGUAACCUUUGUGAAUCAGCGAAUGCGUCAGUGCAGGGCCACGCCAGCGAAGAAAAACUCAUCUCCUCUGCGAAACAAGUGGCUGCUUCCACGGCUCAGCUCCUCGUGGCAUGCAAGGUGAAAGCAGACCAAGAAUCCGAAGCUGUCAAAAGACUCCAGGCUGCUGGAAACGCCGUGAAAAGAGCUUCAGACAACCUGGUGAAGGCUGCUCAGAAAGCGGUGUUUGACAAAAGUGAAGAUGACAGUGUGGUAGUCAAGACCAAGUUUGUAGGAGGCAUCGCUCAGAUCAUCGCGGCUCAGGAGGAGAUGCUGAGGAAAGAGCGCGAGCUGGAGGAGGCCCGGAAGAAGCUGGCCCAGAUCCGGCAGCAGCAGUACAAGUUCCUGCCCAGUGAGCUCCGAGAGGACCAGGGCUGAAGGAGCGGCCGCUGAGGACUGCCGAUGGAGAUAAACUGUACAUUAGCCAUAAGGAGACAGCUCUGUACAGCAGCGUCCGUGCAGCAGUGUGGACACAACAGACAUGAGACGAACGCAAAAGUCAGUUACUGUGAGGACUGAAUGUUUAGAAGCAAAGACUGUAGAGGUUAUGCAGACGACAUCACGGCCUUUGGGGCUUUAUUAGAGAGCGGCAGAAGUACAGAGUGCCAAAGAGGAGUCAUGAUAUUUUCUCCUGUAAGAGCUAAAAACACAAGUAAAAUAGGAAAGAGCUGCUACAGUUUGAAAACAAAUAUAAACAUUUACAACUUUACAAAACAUUUAACUUGUAUCUGGCAUUUAAAACAAGAAAAUUGAGUAAUAGUUAAAAAAA